AUGUCGAACAAGGCUAAAAAUCAUUCAUGCUACUUCACAGCACUAUUUAAGACAAAAAUAAUAUCUUUUAUUUUGCAGAUACUAUCUUUUCUCCUUGUAACAGCAGCAGCAAUCAUGUCAAUAGGAAACUUUGACAACUCUUUCACAAAUAAUCACCAAAGGAUUGGCUUAGCUGUUUAUGCUGCCAUAUGGCUGCAAGCAGUCACUGGGAUUCUUAAGCCUGACAGAGAAAGCAAAGGAAGGAGUAUAUGGUUUUUAGUUCACUGGCUUCUAGGAGUGACAGUUUCUUUACUGGGAAUUAUCAACAUAUAUACAGGUUUACAGUCAUAUCACACAAGAACAAAGAGAAGCACAAGUGUUUGGAACCUGGCUUUUACUGUUGAGAUUGUUGUUAUCCUCUUCAUCUAUCUGCUCCAAGAAAAAUGGGCCCUAUAUAAAGCAAACCAGGAGAGAUUUAGUCAAUGAAACAGCAGCUAUAAACGGAUUAAGGAACAUUCUCAACAGAUGAGAAAAAUGAAUUGUCACUUAUGUCAUCAUCACAGCCAUUACAGAUGAACAAAGCAUUUGCCUUUUACUAACAUUGAAUUCUUUCCAACCUUGUCACAGUUUCAGAAACAAAUAUGAGAGUUUUGUGUGCUAUCAAUGUAGAGUGUCAUAUACAGCAUAUAAUACGAGAGAGUGAGUGUACAAUCAAUGUAGAGCAUCAUCUACAGCAUAUAAUAUGAGAUAUCCUGUAUACUAGUAAUGUAGAGCAUCAUAUAGAACCAAACAAACAAUAAGAGAGAUUUGUGUCCACUUUUUUGCCUUUACAUAUUGUCUAAAAUUUGCAACUAGCAAAAAGGAUAACCCU